UCCGGGUAUACCUUAAACCUAUAUCUAGGUAUGGGCUCCCUAUGCCUAUCUACGUGAACAUGGUUCGUGACCCUGUAGAGCGUGUGAUAUCCUGGUAUUACUAUGUGAGAGCUCCAUGGUACUUUGUUGAGAGAAAACGUGCAUUUCCCGACUUACCUCUUCCUAAUCCAAACUGGUUGAGAAAGGAUUUUGAGACCUGUGUUCGGACGAAUGAUCCUGAGUGUAGAUAUCUACCAGCCAUGAAGAGGGACGGGUUCGGGGAUCAUCGGCGACAAACCAUGUUCUUCUGCGGUCAUGAAGAGGACUGCACAGGGUUUAAUACUGAGGUUGCAAUGAAGAAAGCGAAGGAGAAUGUAGAACGACAUUAUGCUGUGGUUGGAGUACUGGAGGAGCUAAACAAAACUCUAACCGUCCUGGAACAUUAUGUUCCCAGAUUCUUCAAAGGAGCUCUAGAGACAUACUGGAAUGAAGUUCACAUAUUCUCGAAAAUAAACCGGAACCUGUAUAAGCCGAAGGUUGAGGAAGCAACAAAAGAUAUUGUCCGGCAGAAUUUUACUCGAGAACUGGAGUUUUUUGAUUUCUGUAAACAAAGACUUCAUAAACAGUAUUUAGCCAUCACUCUUAACCAGGAUCCAUAGAUUCAAUACCUCCGGCAUAAACAGAACAUGUCUAGAUACCCUCUGAAUACUGAACAUGUCUAGUUAAUCUCUGAAUACUGAACAUGUUUAGUUAAUCUCUGAAUACUGACCAUGUCUAGUUAAUCUCUGAAUACUGAACAUGUCUAGUUAAUCUCUGAAUACUGAACAUGUCUAGUUAAUCUCUGAAUACUGAACAUGUCUAGUUAAUCACUGAAUACUGAACAUGUCUAGUUACCCUCUGAAUAUUGAACAUGUCUAGUGAAUCUCUGAAUACUGAACAUGUCUAGUUAAUCACUGAAUAUUGAACAUGUCUUGUUAAUCUCUGAAUACUGAACAUGUCUAGUUACCCUCUGAAUACUGAACAUGUCUAGUUAAUCACUGAAUACUGAACAUGUCUAGUUAAUCUCUGAAUAUUGAACAUGUCUAGUUAAUCACUGAAUAUUGAACAUGUCUAGUUACCCUCUGAAUACUGAACAUGUCUUGUUAAUCUCUGAAUACUGAACAUGUCUUGUUAAUCUCUGAAUACUGAACAUGUCUAGUUAAUCUCUGAAUAUUGAAAAUGUCUAGUUACCCUUUUAAAUACUGAACAGUGAACAUGUCUGGUUAGCAUCUAUUCUUAACAUGUCUAUAGUUACCCUUCAUAUACUGAACAAUGAACAUGUCUAUUGUUUAGCAAACAUGUCUGCCAUGACCUCAGAAACCAAACAUGUCUAGCUUGACCUUUAAACAAUGAAUGUGAAAAUUUAAGUUUAAAUUUUAAAGCUUUAAAACUUUAAAAACAUCAUUUAAGGUUUAAGAAUUUUUUUUCACUCUUUUAGCAAUGUAAAAUGUUUAAAUUAAAAAAAUAUCAUUUUAGUCGACUUUCCUCAUUUUGCUUUGUUGUAUUCUAAAACAAUAUUGUCUAGUUUAAUUUCUUUCUUAAAUUCAUGCAGAAAAUACCUGUUAUAUCGUAUUGUAAUAAAAUGUUAUAUUUUUUAUCCAAUUAAAAAUAAUAAUUGCUUGAAGCAAACAAGUUAUGUGCGCUUUAAGUUUAUAUUUGUGGAUACUUAUCCCAGAUUGGG